AUGGAGGCUGCCACCGCCGCUACCACCGCCGCUGCCGCAGCAUCAGGCGAGACGCUGGAGCAGGCGCAGGCCCGGCACCGGCGGGAGCUCAAGGACCUGCAGGGCCGCAUCACCAACAAGAAGAAGAACGCGACCAAGAAGACGCGCAAGGGCGUCAACGACGAGUGCGCCGAGAUGGAGCGCCAGACGCGCGAGCGGCACGCCGCGGAGCUCGCUGCCCUUACCGCCGGCGUGACGGACGGCGCUGCAGAGGAUGAUGACGACGACAAGGAUGACGCCGCGCAAGGGGGCCUCGAGGCCGCGGCGGGGAAGCUCAGCAUAGGCGGCCCUACCACCGACGACGCGAACGACGACACAGCGACGAUCAAGCCUCCACAGCCGCAGCAGCAGCAACAGCAGCAACAGCAGCAGCAAGAAGGCGGCAAGAAGCGCAACCGCCAAAAAGAACGCCUCGCCCGCCGCGCCGCCGAGCAGGAAGCCGCCUCCGCCGCCGCCGCCGCCGAAGCCUCCACCAUGACGGACCGCCGCGCCCUCGAGGGCACCUACAUGAAGAAGGCCUUUGCGGCCAACGACCUCGUCGAAAAGGACAUUGAGCCCGACGGGCACUGCCUCUUCUCCGCCGUCGCGGACCAGCUGUCGCACAACGCCAUCCCCGUCCUCGCCGCGUCCACCGCAUCCACCACCGCCACCCCGGAGCCCGCGUACAAGACGGUGCGCAGGGCCGCCGCCGCGUUCAUGGCCGAAAACGCAGACGACUUCGCGCCGUUCCUCGAGGAGGACCUGGAUGCGUAUGUGGCGAGGGUGCGCGACACGGCGGAGUGGGGCGGGCAGCUGGAGCUCACGGCGCUGGCGAGGCGGUAUGGCGCUGAGAUUCGCGUCAUUCAGGAUGGGCGGACGGAGCGCAUCGGCGAGGAGGAGGGAAAGGCCACGGGAAAGACGCUCUGGUUGGCGUACUACCGCCACGGCUACGGCCUUGGCGAACACUACAACUCGCUGCGCAAGAAGACGACACCGUAA